UAAUUUAUUAUUGUUAUUAUUAUUUUGGGAGGUUCGUCCCACCGUACGAAAGCAGCGUGAGAAUGGAGAAGGCCGAAGUUUCCAUAAAAAUUCUGAGCUUAGUUCACUGUCGAGUGCUUUUUGUUCUAUCUUCCUCAUAAACCCUAAUCAACCAUUGCCAAAUUCUUAUUAUUUUUCUGGGCAUUUUCACCUGCCCUCAUUAUUUUUGCCCUUAAUUUAUCUCCUUCUACUGCAGCAAUUGCCCGAGUCCUUGCAAUUCCUGGACAAUUUCUUUCCUUCUCUUCGUCCAGUUUUUAAAGUGUCAAAGCUCCCAGUUUCUCCCCCUGAAACUAGUAGUUAAAAAUGAUCGGAGUUGUGGCUGCUUACUCUAUACUAUUUGAUAUGCACAUGGAGAAUUUAUCGUCUACUGAGCCAUCGCAUCAGGCAAUUUAUGAAAAUAGUGAUUCAAAGCAAUCACAGGAUGGGUUGGAGGAUGGCUCUCGAUGGUAUUUUUCUAGGAAGGAAUUAGAAGAGUAUUCACCUUCUAGACAAGAUGGGAUUGACUUGAAAAAGGAGACAUAUUUACGGAAAUCAUAUUGUACAUUUCUCCAAGAUUUGGGAAUGAGACUUAAAGUCCCCCAGGUAACCAUUGCUACAGCAAUAAUUUUUUGCCAUAGGUUCUUCCUUCGACAGUCUCAUGCAAAGAAUGACCGAAGGACAAUUGCGACAGUGUGUAUGUUUCUCGCAGGAAAGGUUGAAGAAACCCCUCGCCCAUUGAAGGAUGUUAUUAUGGUUUCGUACGAAAUCAUCAACAAGAAAGAUCCUACUGCAGCCCAGAAAAUCAGGCAAAAGGAGGUGUAUGAACGGCAAAAAGAGUUAAUUUUACUUGGGGAGAGGGUUGUUCUGGCAACUCUUGGUUUUGAUCUUAAUGUGCACCACCCCUACAAACCCCUUGUUGAGGCAAUUAAAAAAUUCAAAGUUGCUCAAAAUGCCUUGGCUCAAGUAGCUUGGAAUUUCGUCAAUGAUGGAUUGCGGACAUCUCUUUGCUUGCAAUUUAAGCCUCACCAUAUUGCGGCCGGUGCCGUUUUCCUUGCUGCCAAAUUUCUCAAAGUUAAACUCCCAUCAGAUGGGGAAAAGGUGUGGUGGCAAGAGUUUGAUGUCACCCCACGGCAACUGGAGGAAGUCAGCAAUCAAAUGUUAGAACUUUAUGAGCAAAAUCGACUGCCACCUUCUGGUGAAGCUGAUGGAAACAUUGGAAGUGGUCCCACUAAUCAACCCACAACAAAAGCUCCUACUAACAGUGAGGAACGGGCUGUAACGGACAGUCGUGCACUUGGUGCAGGUAUUGCUACUUCAAGACUCGGAACCUCAAAAGCUGGUUCAUCUAGGCCAGCAUCUGAACACUCAUUUGCAGGUGAUCAGCCGUCGAGAGCAAUGCAGAAUCAUAGUGUUGAAAGUUCAAAUGUAAAUUUUAGAAGUCCUUCCAAUCACAAAACGGGUAGUGAAUCCAAGGUUCGACAGGAGAUGGAGCCAUCGGCUUUCCACGACAAGGGAAAGGCUCAAAACUCGACAAGGCUGAUGUCAGAGGGAUUGGAUGAGCAAGACCGUAGUAUCGGAAGUUCAAAUGUAAAUUUUGGAAACGAUAUGAAGAUAAAUGAAACGAGGGAUGCAAUGGAACUGAAAGACAAACAUGUAAUACGAAAUAUAGAUUUUAGAGAAGGUACAUUUGGCAAACCUCAGGAAGCUAUCAAGAUUGAUAAGGAUAAAGUAAAGGCUGCGCUUGAGAAACGAAGGAAAUCUCUUGGCAGUAUGACCCAGAAAAAAGAAUUGGUGGAUGAGGAUGACCUCAUUGAAAGGGAGUUGGAAGCUGGGGUUGAAAUGGCUGCUGGCAGUGAGAAAAACAAGCGAGAACAGAGGCAAAGUUGGAAUAAGUCAUCGAAUAAACAGGAACCCGAGGAUUCGUAUCAAGAUAAACAUCGAGAGGAUGAUAGAGAUGAGCAUCCGAAACGAAUGCGGCAACAACCAUUGUACAAUCUAGAUUCUAGCAACAUGGAAGAAGGUGAGUUUGCAGAUGCUAAUGAAGUUGGUUAUGGGUAUCAGGAGUCCCCAAAAUCGAACAACGGUCGCAAGAGAGGCAGGGAGCUCACAGGCUAGACUUUUGAAGAGAAAGCGAAGGCAAGGUGUGUCGUGUCGUGUUGGUGCAGCUGCUCAAACAGGAGUGACCACGAGAAUCAUAUACCGGAGAAUAAAUGCUUGACAAGCUCACCAGAGUUUUAUUCAGAAUGUUUUAGGUAGUAGUCUUUCCUAGAAUCACUCGUUGUCCAAGAUUCGAUGUAGCUGUUCAGUUGAGAAAUUCAGAUUUAAAGGCUACGCUCUCCACGGAUCCUCUUAGAGCCUGAUGUUUGUAUGGCAGCUUCUGCUAUGCUUUCAUGUAAUUCACGACUUUUAACAAAGCAACGAUUUUGAAUUACUCUAUGGAGGGUCUCUUUGACAACAUCAUAA